AUGGAUAAUACAACCAAACAAACUGAGGAUGCGGUUUUUGACCCUUCACAAGCUGGUGAUGCUCAACAGGAUCAACCAGAACCCGCAGCAGCAUCUGGCUCCACCUCCUCACUCAUGCCAGAUGGUUCAGCUGCAGCUGGCGAUCAAACUGAAGAGGAAAUUGAAGGAACACAAGCACUUCCAGAUGCUGCUUAUCAAGAGCACAAGAUAAGGAUCAAGACACCAGUGGACCUUGGAGAGAUUGAGGUUCAUGUCAAUGAUGCUGACCUCAUUCAGGACAUCAUCAAGUAUCUUCAAGAGAUCACCGAGACCUGUUUGCUCACCAACUACAACCUUCAGAUUCGUGGUACCAACAUCAUACUCAACGAGUUCAACGAGAUCAAGGCAUACCCAGAGAUCAAGACUGGUGUAAUCAUUGACAUGGUGCCAGCUGAAUACAAUGAAAGAUCAGCCAAACUCCAUAUCAAACGUUUGAAGGAUAUACUAAAGAAUGGAGAGUCUGAGCUCAAUCCAAAGAAUCCAUCUUUGUUCUCUUCAUACAGCUACACAACGGACAAUCCCCCAAUUCCAGAGCGUGUCAGAGGCGAGCAGACAGAGUCAGAGCAACAGGAUGGCGAGCAACAGACAGCAGAGAAUGGCGAGCAUCAAGCAGCAGGUGGAGCAGGACCAGUUCCAGAAUUAAUACCAGCAACAGGCGAUAAAAAGAUCACCAAGAACCCAAAGAAGCAAACCUUGACCAGCAAGACCAACAAGAAGUCAAAGUCCACAGUGUCCGAGACUGAUGCCAAGCGUCGCCUUGAGAUUGCCACGGUCGACCCAGCCACCAAGUCCACUCUGUCCGACUUCUACCCCACCAACUACAAGAAGCACAUCUCGUGCGUUCGCCGCAUCGACAUGUCCGGCUGGAACCCCGUGCCCGGCUACCGCGCCAUGUGCGGCGACCUCUUCUACCUGGAGGUCGAGUGCUACGACCCCAACGAGACGCUCUACAUCACGGCCAACGUCAAGGGAUUCUACGUGAACCAGUCCAAGAUGACCGCGUUCAACCCACGCAUCUCUGAGCGCUUCAUGAACAAGAAUGCGCCCGCCGUGCACCACAACCUCUACUCGCUGCUCUGCCAGAUCAGCAACAAGUUCAACAGCAUGCUCAAGUCCGUGCUGAACAACAUCGCCAAGCACCAUCAGUUUGAGAUGGUGGCCAACUACGUACCCACCAACACGUGGAUCAUGCGUCCAGAGCGCAACAUGCACCACGACCUGUCGAUGGCCAACGAGACCAACCUGCUGGUGAUCGACACAGAGAUGCGUGGCCAGCCACGCGACUGGAACGAGGAGCUGCAGAGCCUUCGCGAGCUGCCCCGUUCCACACCCCAGGAGCGCAUCCUGCGUGACCGCGCCUUCUACCGCGUCAACUGCGACUUUGUCGAUGCCGCCAUCCGCGGCGCCAAGGUUGUCGUCGGCAAGUCGGUCCCACCCAUCAACCCAACCGAGGAGGAGAGAAUGCACAUGUUUGUCUACAACAACAUCUUCUUCUCAUUCGCUCUGGACACUCGCAACUUCUACUCAAGCUGCGGUGGCGAUCGUGGCGCACGCGCUGCCGCCAACAACGACCUCAAGGGUGUGAAGCUGUUCAACUUGGUCGACGUCGAUGGCAUCUCCACAAUCUGCACGGCCAUCAUUGAUUACCGUGGCCACAGAAUCCUCGCCCAGUCAUUGGUGCCAGGCAUCCUUUCCAACGAGAAGGCUUCAGUGGUUCACUAUGGUUCCAUGGACGACGGCAAGACGAUCAAGGCCGACCCAGAGUUCCAUGAGCGUCUCCAAAAGGUGGCCCAGAUGCUACAUUUGGCUGACCGCGAGAUCACUCCAAUCGACGGCGCGUCCGUCGGCAUCUGCAUGUCCUACGAGACCAAGGGCAUCAUUGGCAUGGACGGCCGUCGCUACGUGCUUGACAUCCUGCGCGCAACACCCCGCGAUCCAAACUACCCCGAGGAGAAGGAUCAGCUGUGUCUGUUGCGUCCCGAGCUGAUUGCUAACUACUCAGAGUAUGUUCGCAUGGAGUGGGAGGCUGCCCGCGACAAACAGAGAAAGGACGCUGAGCAAGCCAAGACCACCCAGACAGAGAACAAGGCCAAUGGCACUGAAGCCAACACACCUUUGGAGCGUGAGGCUAAUGCCGUCAAGCCAGAGGAGGCUGUCUCUGUCCCCGAGGAGCCACCUCACAUCCUGUUCAACGCCAACCUGUACUCCAAGGUGAUGAGCCAUCAAACCAUGUGGGUUGUCGACAACUUGAAGGUGUUGGACCUAGCCAAGGAGCAGAAGGAGCAUUACGAGAAGCUGGAGGAGCAGAGAAUCAAGGACGAGCAGGAGCUCAAGAAGGCUGGCGACUUCCUCAAGGAGAAGGUCAUUGCCCAUCUGUUGGAGGACUUCAAGAUGUUCAACGCCACACCAUUCGAUGGCCAGACUCUCACUCAAGUCAUGCACGCACGUGGAAUCAACAUGCGUUACCUUGGUCUUAUUGCCACACAGGCUGAUACCGCCCGCAUCCAGUUUGCCAAGGCACUAUGCAUCAAUGAGAUGGUGGCCAGAGCCACCAAGCACAUCUUCAACGAUGUCCUGCGCAGCACACCCCAGACCGAGCUGUCGUCGGCAAUUUGCCACUUCCUCAACUGCUUCCUCGGCACCAAGAUCUCUGGCCAGUCAACCACCACAUUGGCCAAGACAUCCAGCAUCACAAUCGACUCGCUCUGGGAGCAGAUCGAGUUGGCCAUCGAGAGAAAGUUCAACUACAAGGUUGCCAUUCGCUCGGCCGACAUGGACUCCCGUGUCAGCAUCCUGAGAUCCAUCUGUCUCAAGACUGGUCUGCAGAUCGUGGCCAGAGACUACAACUUCCAGGUCGACGAGCCAUUCACCGUGGACGAUAUUGUCGAGGUGACCUGCGUUGUGAAGCACCUCAACCCAAGAAGCACAGACGUCAUUGACAUUUUGGAGAGCGGCAAGGCACUGUUGUCCAAGCGCGACUAUGACCAGGCCUACAGAUACCUCACCGAAGCCAUGGUACUGUGCACUCAGAUUCACGGACCAAUCCACACCGACACUGCCAACUGCUACAGCAACCUGGCCAUGGCCGCUUUCUACAGAGGCGACUUGGGCGAGGCCAUCGAGCACCAAAGGAACGCACUGGUCAUCACCGAGAAGGUGCUGGGAAUUGACCACCACGACACCAUACACGCAUACACCAACCUGGCGCUGUUCUGCCAGCGUGCCAACUGCUUCACCGAGUCGAUUGGCUAUCUGAAGCAUGUUCUCUAUCUGACCGACCUGCUCGGCGACAUGUACAACCCAGAGCGCUCCUCGAUCUACACGACGAUCGCCAUCGUCCUGCAAGACCUCAAGGAGUACGAGCUGGCCAUCAAGUUCCUGGAGAAGUCCAUCCAUCAUCACAAGGAGCUGUUUGGCACCGACCACGUCGUGAGCAUCACCUGCUUCACAUCGAUUGCCUCAAUGUACUCGGACAAGCUGGACAACCACUCUGAGGCCGAACGCUACCAGAAGAAGGCCACCGCCAUUCUGCAACGUUAUUUCGGAGAGGAGCAUCCACGCACCAGAGAGUCCAAGCAAGCCGAGAUGGAGUAUCAGUUCAGAGCCAAGGAGGAGCGAUCAAAGAACAAGACCGACAUCCAACUACAGAACACCAAGCGCCCCAACAACGAGCUCCCCAAGGGUAACCCCAAGGAUGCGCCCAACAGUGGUGCCGACGUCGACGAGCUCCUCAAGUACGUCGAUCCAAAGAAGGACAAGAAGAACAAGGCCAAGAAGGACAAGAAGAAAUUAUAA